AGACAAACAGCGGCGCCAUCCUCCUCCUCUUCCUGGGAUUUACCGGCAUUGCUUAGGCCGCUGCCGGGAGUGCGGUUUAAACAGGAGUCGGCCGAGCCGGAGGCCGAGCCCCUGCCGCCGCCGCCGUUGCUGCUCUUUAAUGAAGAAUGUCUGCUACCAGCGUGGAUCAGAGACCGAAAGGCCAGGGAAGUAAAGUUCAGAACGGUUCGAUGCAUCAAAAAGACACAGUGAAUGAUGAUGAUUUUGAAUCUUAUUUAACAAGCCAGACGAAUCAAACUACUUUGUCCCUGCUUGUGGUGUCUCUGCAUAUUCCGUGAGGUCCUGCUCUGCCCUUUAUUUGAAAUGAAGGAGCGAGUCACCGUUGGCCUUUUCAAAGCGAAGGCGCCUGGCUCGCGCUUAUGGGAUCGCUUGUGCUGCCCAGUCAAAGGGAAUUCCCGACUCUGACCACGGCGGCAGAGCAACAGCUACCCACCAAUGUCCGACCCAUAUAUGCCCAGUUACUAUGCUCCCUCCAUUGGAUUUCCAUAUUCACUUGGUGAAGCCCCCUGGUCAACAGGGGGAGACCCUCCAAUGCCAUACUUAACAACAUAUGGACAAAUGAGCAAUGGUGAGCAUCACUUUAUACCGGAUGGUGUAUUUAGUCAGCCUGGGGCCUUGGGGAGCACCCCACCAUUUUUGAAUCAACAUGGAUUUAACUUUUUUCCUGGGAAUGCAGACUUUUCUACUUGGGGAGCAAGUGGAUCUCAAGGACAGUCAACACAAAGUUCUGCAUACAGCAACAGCUAUGGAUACCCACCUAGUUCUCUUGGGAGAGCCAUAGCUGAUGGACAAGCUGGAUUUGGCAGUGACUCCUUGAGUAAGGUGCCUGGCAUAAAUAGCAUAGAGCAAGGCAUGACUGGACUGAAGAUUGGAGGAGAUAUGACAACAGCUGUCACUAAAACUGUAGGUUCUGCUCUUAGUAGUACAGGUAUGUGCAGUAGCAUUGUUGCUAAUAGCACCCCAGCAACAACCACUUCAGCACCUAAACCUACAUCAUGGGCUGCUAUUGCUAGGAAACCAGCAAAGCCUCAGCCCAAGCUAAAGCCUAAGACUAACAUUGGAAUAGGUGGACCUGCAGUGCCACCUCCACCCAUAAAACACAACAUGAAUAUUGGAACUUGGGAAGACAAAGGCAAUGUGCCGAAAGUCCCACCUGCACAGCAAGUUAUGCCUCCUCAAGUUGUUAUUCAGCAGCAUCAGCUUCCGCAGCAACCAAUUGCUAUUCAGACCCACCCAACAAGUCAGCAACAACCACAGCACCCAGGACCUCAGCAACCACAGUCUCAAGGUCAGCAGCAGCCACAAAACCGUUGGGUGGCUCCUCGCAAUCGGGGAGCAGGUUUCAAUCAGACCAGCGGAGCAAGUAGUGAGAGUUUUGUGUUGGGUAUAGCAUCAUUAAACACUUCAUCAUCUGGAGGAGAAGUACAUCCUGUACUGGAAAAACUAAAGGGCAUACACAACUACAACCCCAAAGAUUUUGACUGGAGUCUGAAGACAGGCCGAGUAUUUAUAAUUAAAAGCUACUCUGAGGACGAUAUACACCGUUCUAUCAAGUACUCUAUUUGGUGCAGUACUGAGCAUGGUAAUAAACGUUUGGAUGCUGCUUUCCGGUCCCUGAAUGGUAAAGGGCCACUCUAUUUACUCUUUAGUGUAAAUGGAAGUGGACAUUUUUGUGGUGUGGCUGAGAUGAAGUCAGCAGUGGACUACAAUGCUUUUGCUGGAGUAUGGUCACAGGAUAAGUGGAAGGGCAAGUUUGAAGUGAAGUGGAUCUUUGUGAAAGACGUACCCAAUAACCAGCUACGGCAUAUUCGAUUGGAAAACAAUGAUAACAAACCAGUUACCAACUCAAGGGACACACAAGAGGUGCCCCUGGAAAAAGCCAAGCAAGUGCUUAAAAUAAUUGCUACUUACAAGCAUACCACUUCAAUCUUUGAUGACUUUGCACAUUACGAAAAGCGUCAAGAGGAGGAGGAAGCCAUACGUAGGGAGCGGAACAGAAGCAAAUAGUAACUGAAAGGACAGGCUGUACCAGAGUUACAACACUAAUGACACGAACCUUGGAAAUUUACUAGUAUCUUCCAGGAACCAUGGUUAUUGGAACUUUACUGCUCAAGGCAACCUCUUUUGAACACUUGAACACGAGAUUGGCUUUCCCUGUUGGUUCUCAUUGCUGCAUUUGCCCAUAUACUGUUAUCUCACAAAACACAUUUGAGCGCUAUAUGUCAAGCACUUUUUGCCUUCCUAAAGCUUUUUAUCAAUAACUGCUGUCUUUCUAAACUCAACCUCUUAGUUGAAAUCCAGAAAUUGAAUGAAUGUGAGAAACCAAUUAAUCUUUUUUUGGAUUUGUUUAAUACUAACAAUUAACGAGUGUAGUUUGGUCAAUGAUCUGAGAUUUCACAGUGCUUAGCUCUUCAACCUACUUUUUUGUGUUGUAGGAUUUAUUUUUAAGUUAAUUUUAGCUCUAUGGAAACCAUUUGGAUAUCAUGUAAUUUUUAGUUCAAACUAAUAAAUCCAAUAUAAUACCUGUGUGAAAACUAUUGUAGUAAAUAAAGCAAAUAAAUGGAAUUAAUAUUUUGCCAAAUGUGAAACAAACCAGAAGUUAUGCAAGGUUCUUUCCCCAAAUUAUUCCUGGUUUAGAAAUAUAAUUUUUAAAGAUGUAUGUGCAACCAAUUGAAUGCAAUGCUUUUUUUUUUUCUUGUACUGCGUAUUACAUAGGUUUCAGAAAAGUGCAUUUGUCUAUGGAGGAGAUGCUAGAUGUUUGAUACGAACAUUGAUGACACUGUCCUAAGUAAAUGUACCUCGGUUUGAUUUAACUUUUAGAUUUCUGUAAUGUCUUUUAAAUACAACUUCCUAGCUUUGAAUGUUUGCCUUUCUGGCAGAUUACUAUCAUGGAAGUGGAAAAUUUUCUCCUGUAGGUGAUUCACUAGCUUAAUAAAUCCAAUACUUGUUUAGCAGGUGUUAUGGCAUGAGUUAAUUUACAAUGUUUCACACUUUCAUACUUCUGAAAACUACUUCACAGGAAAUCAACCAAUUUAGGAGACACUGAACCCAUAGUCUCCUGUUUACGUAGACCACUAUAUUGAGUCUCUGACAUUGCCUUAAUUUAUAAUAUGUAUGUUCAGUAGGUACCAUUAGCCUAAUUAAUAGAAUAAAAAUGGAUUUUUUAUAAGCACAGAACUUAAAAUCACUGUUCGUAAUUUGAACGCUAUUUAAGUUAUUUUAGCACACUAUUUUUCAAUGUAUUUAAAUUUGUUAGUAUCCUAAUGUGAUCUGUGUGUUUGUAAUGUCCAGGGUCAAUUAAAUCUAUCACAUUAAGUUAGAAGUGCAUAUUUAGAAUUUGUGGUCCCCAAGUAGUUUAAACCGUAUUGUGUACAUGAAGUCUACAUAAUAAAUGACUUCUUUUUGCUUUUUAAUCCUGCAUACAUUUGAAUUAAAUGAGCUAGUAUAAAGAAAAUUUGACUGUAAGUUAGCAUUGAUAUGUAUAACUCCUAUGCAUUUAUAUCAUGGAGUUCCCUGAUUCAAAUCUCAAUUCUGAUUUUGUUUCUUACAAUUUAACUACCAUACUGACAUCAGGUGGUGCAGUACUGGCUAAAAUAGUUAUCUGUAAAGAUAGAAUGUUUAGUAAACCAUUGGAGCUAUUUAUCGUCUUAAGGCAACAAUGCUUUUUUAUAAAUUGCUUUUAAUUUCCCUUGGAUUUAGUAAAUCUAUUUGUUCCCUUGUUAUCCAAAUUAAUAGACUGCCAGUGAAUUGGGGAAAAAGUGUGAUUUCCCGAUUCCUUUCGUUAGUUUUUGAAACUAUUUUAUUAGAUCAGUAGCUUUAUUACCCCAAAAGCAUUGCAUGCACUUUUGUCUCUCACUCUGUUGCAUGGAGUAAUGCAUCUUCUGCAGAUCUCUAUAAAGUAAUUAUCAGUACAGCUGUCUUUAAAUGAUUGACAGCAAAAGAAUAUCCAGCUGGGAGCUUUAACAUUGCAGGUUUUUAUUGAUUUAAAAAACUGACUGUACUUUGGUAUUUAACUUAAAUGUUAAUCUACUUCAACCCUAUUUUUUAAUUGUGGGUUUGUGACGGAGUGUUUUAAAAUUUAAAAUUGAGGUAGAAUGUUUAAAAAAAAAGUACGUAUGAUUAAAGGAAAUGAAGGUAUUGCAUGAAUGCAAAAAAUACAUGAUUUUGAUUUAGAAAACAAUACCAUUUUUAAUCUCUGACUUAUUGUGUAAGUGUGUCAAAUUUGGAGGCUUUUCAAAAUCCCGAUGAGAACCCUUAUGCUAAUAUACUGCUGGUAUAACUUUUGUUCAGUAAAAGUAAUUUUGGAAUGGCUUUAUAAAACUGAACGUGUAUUAUUCAGGCCAUUAUCCAAGAAACAGAAUAUUGCAAUCAUAAAUUUAAAUUGCAUACUAUUUAGAUGGUCUAUUUCUGAUAUUUCUUAUAUGCAACUUGAUUAAAAGCUGGCCUUGUGCUAUCAUACUACUUAAAAAAAAUCAAAUUGCUGUUUUCUGCUUGCUUUAAUAAACCAUAAGUUUACUUUAUCCUCCCACUCACCAUUGGUCACUUCCCAGUCUUUAUCACAAAUUUUGAAUUGCUGUUUUAUGUUUAAUUAAAGAUCAAAAGAUC